CACCUUUACAGUCUCGCUGAUAAACAUCCGGGACUUGAACUGGAGGAGUUGGAUCACGAGGCGGAUGAAUGGGAGGUUGCACGUGCCCGUAUAGAGCUAAAAAAUGUGAUUGGUUCUGGGGCAUUUGGAGCAGUCUGGAAAGCAACGUUGAAGCAAUCAGACAAAAAGCAUGUAGCACAGAUUGUGGCAGCAAAAUGCUUCACACGUGAGUCAGUUCAACAUAUUGCACUAGACACGUUUAGCUUUGAUUGUGAGUACGAGGGUGCUUUAGAUAAUAGCUAUUGUGGCUGGCCCUAGUGUCCUGUGGCGGGCGUGUUUAGGAACCAAAGCUGACUGAAUUUGCUCUUAUCACGUCUGUUGUAGCGACUGCUGGAGAAGAAGGAAGAAAAGCUCUUAUGAAAGAAAUUGAGUUAGGAAAAGGUCUAGCAGAAGGUCCACAUAUUAACGUUGUCAAAUUCAUCGGCUGCGUUACGACACAAAGUAAAAAUCCUCAUUCAUUAUCGUUUUCAACACGAUAUUUAGUUUUCUUUUUCUUUUUCAUUUAACACACUGUAGCGAUAAUGGAAUAUUCAGUUAUUUCCAUUGUAUCUCUUUACAGUUCACCCAAUAAUGAUCAUGGAGUACAUGGCAUAUGGAGACCUGCUGGGUUAUUUGAGAAAGAGCCGAGGAAUUCACGACCAAUAUCAUCAUGGAGAGGGUGAGGCUUUUGAGCUGCAGCCAUAUGACCUGGUAUUAUUUGCGAAGCACAUUGCUACUGGAAUGGUUUAUCUUGGAAGCAGAGGGGUAUGUAAACAAUUAUGGAAUGUAGAAGUAGAUAUCACUUCCUUCUUGCUUCUUUACUCCGCUUUAGAUUUAGUUGUCCGUACCAACUGAAGACAAAUUUCAUUUAAGAAAACGCCAGGAGCGGCUUUUGUUGAGCGGUUUCAGUCUUUCACUGUACCUAGGCGAGAAAGAAUAUGUUAUAUAUUACAAUCAGGUCAGGACUUAAGACCAAUUGUAAGGAAUAACUAAGCUUAUAAUAUAACGCUUAAUAUUUCCUCUUAAAAAAAUUUGAAUUAGAUAGCCAUAUACUUUUCUGGGUGCAGUAACGAUUUGCCCAGCGCUUUGCUUGUUCUAUCGCUAUAGUAUCGUUGGUUGGAAAAGCAGUCAGAUAUUUGCUAGUAGAUAACAAACUAAUCUGUAGGUUGGGCUACGUAGAGCAUAAGAAGAGCUAUUAGAAACCAACUAGAAAUACAUAUUUUGUGAAAUGGAAAUUGCUUGCAAUGAAUUAUUUUUAGACUUGUCCGGAACUCAUCUUGGAAGAGACCCCCUGAGGUUCGAUUCUGGUAAAUGACCACUUCCCAUAAGCGACCACUAAGUCCUGGCUUUUUGGGUGGUCGCUUACUAGAGAUUAAAAUGUAAUAGAAAAGUAUUGGACCCUUUAGGAAGGGAUUGUGCAAGGUUAAAAUUUUAUUGCAGAGUGUCGGUUUUCAGAUUACCAUAUAUAUUCCCAAACAAACGUCCUCAAUACUCGCAUCUUUAGAGACUAAAAAUUAUUGGAAAGAAGUGAUCAAAUUUGUUUCUGUUUGUUAGGACCAUAUAACCUGUCUUUAUUUUUAGAUAAUUCACCGUGAUUUGGCAGCAAGGAACGUCCUUCUAGAUAAAAACUUUGUUUGCAAGGUUACCGAUUUUGGGUUAUCAUAUCAAAGCUUCAAGUAUGGCCACGGCAACGCAAAAAAGGUACGCGAGUGAAUGAUUUUCCAGUAAUCGGAGACCCAUGUUUUGCGCACAGGAUUCUGGGAUCGCCAGACAUUACGAGUCGCUACAGAGAAAUGCAUGGCGUGGAGUUGUUUCUCCGUUAAAAGCAGCGUCUUUGGACAUAGAAUGUCGCAUUUUGCUGUGAUUUUAUGAGAAGCGAAGGCAACUGAUGUUGGUGCGUUGAAAUUUCAAGUUUCUGUGUGAUUAAUGGGAUAAAUUCUAUCGAUAAACACUCCUUGCGUUAGGUUGAGUGUGAAAUUUAUAAUUACGUUUACUGAAUUUACACAGACAUGAAGAAAAGGUCUCGAAAUAUUUAGUGCAAAUUUAGGUAUAAUUGUCGGGGGAUUGGCUCAUUUAAACGUUUAAGUUAUAAUUACGUGUGGUGAUACUUACGACGAGUGUAACUACGCUCGGCCGCGAUCAGCGCUGUGUGGCGCUUGGCGGGUUAUGACAAGACAACAAUCGUAGGUAUGUAAGUGGCCAUAAAAAUAAAAAAUCCUCCCUUACUUUGGUAUAAACAAAGUGACAUCUACAAAAUAUUUCAUGGAAAGUACAUGGUAUUUAACCAUUAGUAGAUGAGGCAGAAAUCGUACGAACGAGUAAUAUUUCCAAUACAAAAGCAGAGAGUGUGUAAAUAAUUAAUAAAAGAACAAGUUGAUAUGCGAAAUUCAGAGAUUCUAUAUCUUCCCUCAAAAUGACUGGAAAAGGCAUUAGAACUCAUUGGUGUUGUGGAUCAUGGCAAAACAUUUCGCUUGUGUUUUUCUCGCGAGAAGAAAUCAAUAUACUAAUGUGGGAAAGAUGUUUUUGUUUUUAAAGUUAAUACGUAUCAAAUGCUCACCUUCGAUCGUUGUCACAAACCGGCCUAGCAUUGUGAUCGCCGUCGAGAGGAGCUUAAUUACAUUCGUUGUAAAUAUGAGCACAUGUAAGUACAACUGGGAAGGCUUAAAUGAGUCCCCAUUCCCCGCUUAUUUAUAACUAGGUUAAUACUAUAUAUUUCGAGACUAUUCAGUAAAUUCAGAGUCGACCUUUCGCAAGAAUCAGUGUUUAUCGAUAGAUUUCAUCGCAUUGAUCCCACAAAAACUUACAAUUUCAACGCACCAACAUUAGUCACCUCUGCUUCUCAUAAAAUUCAGGGCAAAAUGUGGCAUUCUCUGUCCAAAGACACUGCUUUUAAUAGAUAUACAGCUCCACGCCAAACAUUUCUUUGUUGACUUGCAAUUUUUGCCCCCUGGCGAUCCCAUAAUCCUUUGCGCAUAACUAACUCUCCGAUUACUGGGAAAUCAUUCUUUUAACCUAUCAAACUCUAGCUCUUUGUUAAACGCUAAUUAAUCAUUCUGAUGGAUUUAUUGACAAAGUUGACAGGAACAUUGGCGCUCGCUAUAGUAUUAUCCGAAUACAGUUAAAGGGACAGUUUUGUAGUUUUGUGUGUUUUAGUAGGCUUAGAGGAGCCCCUUCUUUUUAAGUCCCUCGAGCAAAGCGCGCUAGUAAUGUUGAAGGAAAGAUUAAGAGUCUCUUUCCAGUCAAACUGUUAGUAGUCUCAAUGGCAAAGAACCCGGCAUUUUAGUAAAGCUAGAAUUCGCUACUCCAAGUAUUUUUUUCAUGACUGUAUUUAGCCCUUAUUAACCGAGUGUGAGGUCUGUAUGGGAGAAUCUUGACCGAGGUCGCAAGUACAGACCGAACGCAGUGUGGUCUGUACCAGCGACCGAGGUCAAGAUUCUCCCAUACUGACCGACCUAGCUCGGUUAAUAAGAUGUUUAUUAUAUGGCCAAACAAGAAAGCAAAGAAACAAAAACAUAAAUAACUUCACUGUUCAUCUUUGCUCGUAGCUUCCUCGGCAGGACUCAAAUUUGCCAACGUUUGCUCGUUUUUUUUUAACCUGCUUCCUCGUGAAGAUCCACUGAUUUUUCCACCUAGUAUUAUUAACAGGAACAAGCCAUUUUUUUCAUAUUCUUUGUUUGUAACUUUUUGAGGACAACUGUUACAACAAGAUCGGUCUAGAUGCCAGUCUAGAUGGGAAAAUCUAGACCGCGGUCAAGAUCGAUUUUAGCCAAUCAAAUUCUUGAAUUUGUUUGUUUCCAGUCCUUUUGAGACAUGGCCAUAUAAUAAUAGGUUAGAUAAACUGCUACAAUAAAAUCGAUACAAACUUGAAACGCUUCAAGUUCUCUUCUUGUUUCCCCUAUGAAAAUGGCACAGACUUAUCGUGUGUCAUUAUUUCUUUAAUAAUUCUCUUGAGUUCAACACAGUUAUAUCCUGUACUUUUCUUUUUCAACUUAAGUCUUGGUAGAAAAGAAACAAAAGAAAAAUGGCUAGCCAGCACACUUUUUUUUUUUGCAAAUUUUUCCGAUGAUUUUCCACCGUUCUUGACAGAUCCGUUAUUGACGAUCUUUAUAAUGUUAGAGAAAAGGAAAUUCUUUUUGAUCGUCCUUUAACACUAUAUUUACACUGUUUCCCUUAUUAUUGUUGAUCUAUGGUGCGUUCACGUAAAUUGAUUUGAUAAUGUCCAUAAAUAACAAUAACAUCUAUCAUUAACAUCGACGUAGUAGAGAGGACUUUUGUCAUUAGCAAACUGGUGAGGAAAAAAUAGAAUGAUAAAACAACUUGCACAAUCCAACGUAAUAACCUAACUUCAAUAUACGAUUGUCGUUCGUAUCUAAAAUUACAAUAGAAAGUACAAUUUCAGCCCAGCUAGAUAAUGCUAGUAGACCUUUGUAAAACAACAGCAUAUGUAUAUGUCUCAUUGUCUUGUCUUAUUGUUAUCGUAGGGCUGCAUGCCUGUUAAGUGGACGGCACCUGAGAUUCUCUACGGAAAUCCUGCAGAACUUUCCACUAAAAGUGACGUGUAUGUUGAAAUACAAAUGAGUUGAUCUGAAAAAAAAUUAUAGCAAGAUGCUUAACAGAAUAAAAUUAUAGCACUGUUAAUAAUGACGGAAGCCGGGGCAGGUGUUAAAUAUAAUAAACUCUCUCUUUUAUUACUUACUGCGCUCAAGGUGCUCCCUUGGGUCUAGCUGUAGAGAUGAACUUGCCUAGUCCCUGUGCGGCGUCUUUUCAGGCCUUCUCGGUCAAUGCAUUUCGGUGACGUAUCCGAGACGAACGGCCGGGAGACGCCUAGACAAUCUCGGAGUGCGCAUGCGUGAGCAUUUUUUUUGAAAAGUUCACAAGGUCAACUGAAAUAAUCUAUAAAUAACUUUGCGCGUGAAUAUCCUUUGCUAAAGAUCGGCACUAUUGACACUAUUACAAAAGUAAUUAACCUAGUUCGUGUUAUAAAAGAACAAAAAUAUCACUUUGAAUCGGAAAGAAUACUACUGCAUAACGUGCAAGUAAUUUCUCUUUUAGUCCAUCUUCAAAUGAACCAUUAAAAUGAUAGUCUUUAUUGAUAAAAAGAUUUCAAACAGCAGUUUGUUGACAUUCUACCAAGUUUAGAGACCAAAUUCAACAGCCGGUCCGAUUAGUUUGAUAAGCUUCCAAAUCCAAAAAUUAAAUUACAUAAAGUAUUUCGAAGUGAAAAGAUAACGAGAAAUUUAUAGGAGCAAGCGAAAAUAGAGAAACGAAAGAUAGCUUGUCAUAUCCAAGAAUAAAUAUAUUAAAACUUAUUUCUUUAGCUUACCUUCCGAUUCUUGAUCAAAUAAUUUUUUUGCGACGCUGUUUUGCUUAGCCUACAAAUAGUUUUUGAGACGAAAUAAAGUUCAGAUUAGUUUAAUGGGAUAAAUGAAAAAUAAAGGCCAAACGACUUUCAACAAUGAAAACGUGCAUAGAAUAAAAAUGCUCGUUCCUCCGUACUCUUCAAUGGCUGCUGGACAUCUUUCAUCAGCGCGGAAAAGUUAUUGACAGCUCGCUCGCUUCCAAAAGCUCCGCCCCAAGUGAGACAAAAUGUCUCACUUCUCCGAGUUUGUCUAGGCCUCAAAAACUUUCUCGGACCACGUGACCCGAAAAGCAUCGGUCUCGCAUGAUAAUAAGGCCUAGGGACUAGGCAAAAGAUGAACUAAUUUGUAUUCAACUUUGGGUUUGUGAACUCGCAUUAUUAACUAACUAACGCCGCGUGAAUUGACAAGACUAUAAGCUCAUCAAGCGCUGAGACUUCAAUAGUUCGUCGUUUCCUCGAGAUCGAACGGAGAAAACGCUAAUUUUGUAAUGGUGAGUCAAAAUUGAAAUAAUGCUGCGCUACUAGAUCAGACGAUUCACUUCUCUAACAAAUACAUCUUGAAAAAUCUAUUUGCAUGAGGUGCAUGAGGUGCAUGAGGUGUACUCCCAUUUCAACUUCAUCAAUUAUGAGCUGGUCUGAUCCAACCAUGAUUUUCAACUUGUACUUCAGAAACAAAUGUCUUUAAGGAUGAUACUUUCUUAGCCUUUUUUUUUUACAUUAUAUAAAUAGAAGGAUCGAUAAAAAUAAAUAAUGAUGUCAUAGACUAUAGAAAAUAGCUGAUCAUGUAAAAAAACCCUUUCUAAUUUUAACUGAUGAUGUCAUCGCACCAGUUACCAUAUUAAAUGAUUACUUUUGAUGAUGAUCUCAUCGUUUUUUUUGAUGACGUAACCCCCCUCGUGUAUUUUGACGGGAUCAUCAUCUACUAUUUUUAAGUUAUGAUCUCAUCAUUUUGAUGACGUCACUCCCCAAGGUAUUGUGACGUCACCCCCACCUCUUCAUCCCGGGCAGACCUGUCGUUUCUCUCUACUUGUUUGUUUUUUUUGGCGAAGCUAAUAAAAUAAAAUAAAAAUAAUAUAAAUCCUGUCGGUUUGGGUAGUUGCUUAAAGAAGGAUUUUUUGACCAUUGUGCAAACCGACGGCGAGUUCAAACUGCGACUUCGAAUUAAUAUGACCAUUCUCAAGAUCCAUUACUGCUGCCAAAAAUCUGAUAUGUACGUUUCGUUGAAAGGUAACAGCGUACAUUGAUAGGAUUCUUUCUCCAAAAAGGAUUUUGCCAAGCAUCAGUAAAGCAUAAAAAGUGAUCAGUGUUUCAUAGCUGAACAACUCAGAAAACACAAAAUAACAAGCAACAAGCAUUCUUUCUAAUUAUGUUUUCACUUGGUGGCAGGUGGUCAUAUGGAAUCGUUCUGUACGAGAUAUUUACCAUUGGUAGGUGAUAUAUUAAAACUUUUUGUCUAAACAAAAAGAUUUCCACCUUUCUAACUUUGUACACAAACGUUAUAGAAAAUUUAAUUUUGUAAAAAUCGCUCAAGAGAUUAUGAUUGAAUUAAUUAAAACUGGGACUUCCUAUGUCCGCUUCCUAUAAUUGAUCACUCGCCACAAUAACCUUAUACCUAAAGUUACCUUCUGAGGGGGAACUAAUAAGAGUUAAAGGGUAAAAUGUGAUAGUUUCACUCGCUCCCGCAGCUAAAAGUCCCUUACGUUCUCUCUGAGACAUAGAGCUUCUAAGGGGACAGAUAUAAUUAAAGUGAUUGUGGAUCCCACAAAUAUUUAAAUGCAAUAUAUACUGAAAAUCAAUAAUCUAAACUGAACUAAUACAGUCUAGAAUUUCCGUACUAACUUCAGCAAUACAGGCGACAUCUCCUCAAACUCUGUAUUACGGGCAGUUGUUUCGAUCCUGGCAUAAGGAAAACUCCAAACAAGCUCUACCAUGAGACAGAGGGGUAGAGCUACGUGCUCGCAAUACAGGUGGUGUACGUAUCAAGGAAGUGUGACUGUAAUUGUUUAUCAGUAGGAUGACUAUAAAAUGUCUAGAAUGAACAUUUAAAACGGGUGAUUAAAUUCCUUAAUAUCAAAGUUUCUAAACUUGUAUUCAAGAUCAGUAAGUGAACAUGUAUGAAGUUUCUAAUGCAAAAAAAUCGAGUGAUAUCUUCAAGAUUGAAUAACGAAAUGUACGUCUUUGACUAUUCACAGGAGGUAUUCCAUAUCCAGGCUGGUCAGAAGCCAAAACAAUUGCAGAAAUUAAAAAUGGGUACCACAUGCCAAAGCCCGAACACGUCGACAACACGCUGUACGUUUCAAGUCAUAAACUUAUUUAGAACGCAAUAGAUCUUAUCAUACACGCCAUUUUUGCAGGCGCUUAAGAAAUAAUGGGAUAAAAGCGAUGUCACGUGUUUUUUCAGGGAGUAAGCAAGUGACAGCAUCUGCCAAUAAAUUUGCUCUGUCAAAAAGAUCCACCAAGGGGGAAUGCAGUUGAUAAUGUCAGACCAAUAUCCUGUUCACCUCUCAUGUGGAAAUUGAUUUCUGCUUAGAUCUACACUUUUCUCUAGGAGAAUAGGAUGCGCCUGCUGAACAAAAAGGAUGCCAAGAAUCGCGGAACAAGCAACCAACAACAAGGAGCAACUCCUUAUUGACAAAACGAUCUCCAACAUGAGCACAAAAAAUUGGUUAUGCUGUGCAUAGACUAUAAAAAACUACACAUUCUUGGAUUUUCGGGAGUCUAAAAUUAGACCAAGUAGCACAAAUUUAAUUGACUCUGUGGAAAGAUCGGUGAAGAGCUAGAGCACUCAACUAACCGCUUGUGGAUAAACGUUGGGUACAGCAUUUUAGAAAAGGCACUGCAGGUUGCAACAUCAGAGUAAACCACUUGCUUUUUACGGAGAUUGAAAAACGAGCUUAAUAAUCGGGUAUCCACGGUCCAACUCCUCUGCCGUGAUAUAGGAAUGGAAUUUGUUUUAAAGUGCGGAGCGACAGUAGUGAAAAGUGGAAAGCUGAGUAAGACUGAAGGUAUUCGACAUGUGAAUGGUGAGACAACAGGUGUUGGUGAAGAGUGGUACAAGCACCUGGGAAUGAUGGAACUGGAUAGAGUGAAGGAGAAGGAUAUGAAGGAUACUCUUAAUUAUGACUACCUGCGAAGACUGAAGUUGGUAAAGAAUUCUAAAUCGAAUGGAGGAAAAAAAUCAAAGCUGUAAACACAUGGGCUGUAGCUUUAUUGCUAUUAUAUGGUGGAGGAGUGAUCAGAUGGACAAAGAAUGAACUCCAAUAAAUCAAUAGGAUGACCAGGAAGGUGAUGACAAUGAAUGAGUAGCUCGCACCCAAGAAGUGAUACUGCAAGAAUAUAUCUAUCAAGGAAGAAAGGGGCAGAGGGUUAAUUAGCCGCGAAGCCUGUGUCAGUGGGGACGAAAAAAAUUUAAGUUGGAAUGUAAGAAAUUGCCCGGAGGCGUUGCUUAGGAAACUAGGUGAGAGAGGAACAGUGACGGUGAAUAAAGCAAAGGAUGCAAGGGAGUGUAAGAAGAAUAAAAAGAGAGAAAUGGCAAACUGAUUGAAAGAAAAAAUGUAUGGGCAAUAUGUCAGGGACAUGGAGGAAGUGGACUGUGAGAAAACAUGGCGGCGAUUGCGGGAAAAGGAACUGGUAAAUGUAUGGGAAGGCUUAACGGGAACUGGAAGAUCAGUGGUAUACAAGCAUAUCCCAGAGUGAGUAGUAGAAAAUGGGGAUUUCAAAGUUCUGUAGGAUUUUAAUGUACAGUGUGAUAGGAUGGUUGAGGCUAGAACACCGUAUAUCAUCUCCGUUGAUAGGCAGGCAAAGGAGGCCAAGAUCAUCGACAUUGCUAUCCAAGGAGAUGCACGAGAGAAAGACAAAGAAUGUAAACAAUUAAGAAGUAUUAACUUCUUUAUAAAGAAACAGGGAAAUUGUCGAAGCUGAAGAAAGUAACGGUUGUGUCAAUUGUUAUUAGAGCAUUGAGAGGUGUAUUCGAUAAAUGUUUGAGAUAUACACGUGAAACGCACGGAGAAGACAGAGAAGUAAGAAUGCAAAGCGGAAGCAAGCACCCCUUUGGAUCAACGGAGUUGAUGUACCUCCCUAGGAAAUCUGGAGGAAGAGGCCUUAAGUCAGUGGAGGAAGAAUAUAUAUUGACCAAGAUCAAGGAGGCUGCCAAGCUGUACAGUAAUCUAGACCCCGUGAUGCAGGUGGAUAAAAGGUAUGAAGAGAACGCCGAUGGAAGUGGUCCAAGGCGUUAAUUAAAGAUGCCAAGAAAUAUGCCCAGGGACUGGGUUUGGAACUUCACUUAAGUUACCCACAUCCUGUUGCUAAAAAUGAGACAACAGAGAAGUGGAUGGAGCGUCAAUUAUGAGAUGUUAUAGGGAAGAAUUAAAGAGAAAGCGAAUGUAAGGAGCUAAAAAUGAGAACUGGCAAGCAAAGCUAGCAGCAAAAAAUUGGAAUGUCGACGACUUGGAGGAUGACUGUUUUGAAUGGCACUGCACGAAAAAUUUGAUUUACAUCAAAUUUACUCAGUGCAAAUUUGGUGCAAAAAAGUGCAAACUUAUGUUAAAUAUAAGGCAAAGAUGGUAAAUACCGCAUUUGCCUCAAAUUUACAACCCCAUGUAAACUGGCAAGCAAAUGCGGUAUUUACCAUCUUUGCUUUUGAUUUACUCCUACUUUGCAUUUUUUUGCACUAUAUUUGCACCGAGUAAAUUUGUGUAAAUCCAAUUUUUCGUGCAGUGAUGGUUAGCAGCCUGCAGAUCAGUGCUGCCUAGUACCACCGGGGGCGCACAGGAGUUGUACCAGCAGCUCCAUCCAACGAAAGUUUAUCAAAAAAGAAGAACGGGGUUGAAUCCAUCUGUAUGAUGUCACAUAUAGAAUUUUGUAGCAAAUCCCAAGAUUCCACGUCGCACGUGCUUGCCUGCUGCUCAGCUCUGGUGCAGAUGAAAUACCUUGCUUGACACAAUUCGGUGUUAAAGAUCCUUUUCUUCAAGCUGCUGAAAAAAACUGGGUCUGAUCGACAUCCAUCCCUCCAUGGUUUUCUCUUGCUGAACCAAAACCAAUAAACGAAAACCAGCGCGCUAAAGCUUAUUUGCAUGUGCAUGUUUGUGCCUAGAACACUUAAGUCAAAGCAAACAGAAUAGAUGCAAGGAUGAAAGAAUAGUUAACAAGGAAGAUAAGAUAGUAACACCACUAGAAAUGAGCGGUUCUUGGAUUAAAAACAUAGAAGAAAAGGAGUCGGAGAAGACCAUGAGAUAUGCCGUCAAUAUGCGCCACUUUGCUUUAAACUCAAGAGGCAGUAUCCAGGAUAUGAAUAAGUGACCCAACGUAAUACCAUUGUAGGAUGUUCUGGGAGCUGUUUCGGUUAACACGGCCAAGAACGUUAAGUCACAGCUCGGAGAAAGGAAAGAAAAGCUGAUUUUAAAAAGAAUGCAGGAAAGUGUUUUAUCACACUCUUUAAACAUUGCAUGGUCCUGUACAGUCCCUAUAUAACUUUGAACCUUUUUUAAAGAGAUUUGAACGUUAUAAUUAUCUUUAAAGCGUCAUGCAACUUUUAGCCAAUUGUUAGGGCAACAAAAUUUAGUAUACGCUAAGAAAUACAAAUUUGAUUGUUUUUAAAUACUUUUUAGUCAAUUUUUAACCAUAUUUUCGGUAUUGUUUAGUUACUGUUUUUUUUUUAUACUGACGUUUUCAACACAUUUUAACACAUCUUUUAACCCCUUUUUGUAGCAUAGCCAUAUUUAGUAUUGCUAAGAAAACUUGAUCAUUUAAAAUGUUGUUAAUGUUUUGUAGGCAGUUUUAAAUAGAUUUGGUACCUCUUUUUUAAUGGUUAUUGAUGCAUAGGAUACAUAGUAUCUCACUUUUGGCAUUCAAAAGUUUCUUACCGUCAUAAUAAUAGAGCUACCCAAUGUGCAGAGUUUGACACCACUACGAAGAAACCACCGAUCACAUAACAAGUGGCUGCCCUGAAUUAGCAAAGUCGGUGUACAUACAGAGACACAAUAAGGUCGCCUCCUACAUCCACUGGAAUAUCUGCAAAGACUACAACAUCAAAGUGGGGGACAAGUGGACCGUAUUGGAACAUAGUGGAGCAUAGACCAGAGACAAUAACAGAAAAUGGAAAUGAAUCCUGUACUAUUCUCUGGGGCAUGCCGGUUAACACUAAAAACAGAAACCAAAUUCAACAGAUCAUUAUAAGGGACCAAGAGCUGAAGAAAUGCCUACUGAUCGAUAUGGCUGUAUCCGCUGAACAAAUAACCUGUCAAAAUGGUUGAAAAGCUAUUAAAAUAUAAAGAAAUCUCGAAGAUGUGGGGCGUUAAAACAGAAACUGUGCCUGUAGUCAUUAGAGCUCUUGGCCUGGUUAAAGAGGUCCUAGUUAAAUACGUCGAAAAAAUCCUAGGAAACAUCAAUAUUGAGGGCCUUCAGAAGAUCCACCCUCUAGACAAGGCCCAUUUUUUUUAACGAAAAGUGCUCUGCACCAACUAAAUAACGUCUCCCCUUAGGCGCUCCAAAGGAGGGCGGUAGCUUCUCGGGGCUCUGGCACUGGACGAAAAAACGGAUUUGCCUAAGUUUGCUAGUUGAGCAAAUCUAUUGUAAAUUUAGGGUACUAAUGUUGCUACUUAUUUGUUCUUGGUGCAAAUUUUGUUCGAAAGUGAAAGUUUACUAUUCUGCAAGGGUGGCGUAAAUGUGGAGUAAAUUUCAAGUUUACAGAUAUUUUGUUUCACUUUUGCUCCCCAUAGUAAAUUUGGCGUUUAGAUUCAAGUUUGCCACCAUUUUGUUCUGUGUGUAAAAACCGAACGUCAAAACUGAAUGUUUGCUUGAUAUUUUCUGGCAUAGCAAAGUUACUGUGUAAAUUUAUGGUUACUAGAGGCGUAAAUUUAAGCAAAAUAUGAUCAAAGAACUAUCUUUACGACCACUUUAACCAACGUUUGCACAUUUACCAAACUUCACAGUGUUAUUUCACGCAAGUUUUGAUUUUCCAUUGCAUUUUCCGUUUCAAUCACCAUCACAUUCUUCUCAAAGUUUAUAAUAUUACUUGCUGCAGCUGGUUAUUUCGGGUAAGGCCAUCCCCCCUCUUUUUUCGUUUAGCGUCGAAUGCGUUUCCUGAUAUUGUGUUGGUGGCACGGAAAAAAAUAUCACAAGAAGUCUCGGAAUAGGAGGCCCUGACGUAAGACGUUACCAUUUACAAUUUGGGUGAACAAAAUGCACAAUAUGUGAAAGGUUUGAACCCAGGAGUCAUUUCAAUAGUAGAUUGCAGAGUUUCAUCGUCCGGGUGAAUGUAGUCCUGAAUGCACUCCGUCGCAAGAGCAGCCGCCAUGUUUGUUGCCCAGGCUUCCAUGUGACUUUGGCACAUGCGCGAUUUGAUUUACAUUGUCACGUGCGGCUUUUGAACCAAUAGAAUAGUGUAAAAUAAACUUUCGUUGAACAGUUCAAAUUCACGCGGACUUCACAAGCGAUACAGCGUUGCAAAACGAGUAGUUUUGUUAUUUUCGGAUAAUAGAAAGCCUGUCUUUCUAUUCAGCUGUUCUAUUACGAUUUAUACCUUUGUUAUUUUCGAGAGACAGUGAUCAGUUGCGAUAUUCUUCACAUAAAGCCUGUUUCCAAGUCAUCAACUCAGCUGGAUUGCAGAAAGGUAUGUUCUUCUUGAUAUCGUGGUUCGUUUACUUACUUUGGUUUUCUAAUAACUUUGCGUAAGCUUAAAACCUCAAAGAUAAAUCUUAAAAUUUAAGAUGCAUGCACAGAUAUGCCAUUGAUUGAUUCCUUUUUGUUUACUGCAGAAAUAACUGUACUCUUUGUUGCGCAUCGUCUUCAUUAAUAGAAUAAUCUUAAGUAGCCGGAUCUUGAGCUGUGCAGGCAAACAUUUCUUUUACACCAAUAUAAGUCGGUGAUGUGACCUUAGCAUGUCCAUAAUUCAGAAAUUUGGCUUGUUGUACAGCUGAGUUAAUAUGUUAGAUCUUUGGGGUUACUGUACUUUUCAGGUGACAGCACUUGAUAAAGCAGUGGUCACUAUAAUUUAUUAUUUAAUAUUCUACUACAUUUCAAAUGACAAAUGAUUUCCCUUUUGAAAUUUUUACAGUCAAAAACUCUUGUUUUACAUCUAUACAUAAUUAUGGUUCAGUGAUGUUGUGAAAUCUUAAUUUGGUUCAUUUUGCAAGUGACGGCACAAGUUUGCCAGAUCUUGAAGCAUAUGUGUCAUUCUGAGUGACCAUUGUAUUAUUAUUCCACAUUUAAAUGACAAAUGAUUCUUAUUUCAUAAAUUGUACCAUCCAAAACUCUUAUGGUUUAUACAUAUGGUUCAGUGAUAUUGUGAGAUCUUAAUUUUUUUUCAUUUUGUGAGUGACCGCACUUGCCAGAUCUUGAAGCCUAUGUGUCCCUCUGAGUGACCACCGUAUUAUUGUUCCACAUUUAAAUGACAAUUGAUUCUUCUUUCAUAAAUUGUACCAUCCAAAACUCUUAUGGUUUAUACAUAUAGUUUAGUGAUAUUGUGAGAUCUUAAUUUUGGUUCAUUUUGCGAGUGACGGCAUAUGCCAGAUCUUGAAGCUUAUGUAUCAUUCUGAGUGAGCACCAUAUUAUUGUUCCACAUUUAAAUGGCAAGUGAUUCUUCUUUCACAAAUUGUACCAUCCAAAACUCUUAUGGUUUAUACAUAUGGUUCAGUGAUAUUGUGAGAUCUUAAUUUUGGUUCAUUUUGCGAGUGACGGCGUAUGCCAGAUCUUGAAGCCUAUGUGUCAUUCUGAGUGACCACCAUAUUAUUGUUCCACAUUUAAAUGACAAGUGAUUCUUCUUUCAUAAAUUGUACCAUCCAAAACUCUUAUGCUUUAUACAUAUGGGUCAGUGAUAUUGUGAGAUCUUAAUUUUGGCUCAUUUUGCAAGUGACGGCAUAUGCCAGAUCUUGAAGCCAAUGUGGCAUUCUGAGUGACCACCGUAUUAUUGUUCCACAUUUAAAUGACAAUUGAUUCUUCUUUCAUAAAUUGUACCAUCCAAAACUCUCAUGGUUUAUACAUAUGGUUCAGUGAUAUUGUGAGAUCUUAAUUUUGGUUCAUUUUGCGAAUGACGGCAUUUUUUUCAUUUUGCGAGUGAAGCCUAUGUGUCAUUCGGAGUGACCACCGUAUUAUUGUUCCACAUUUAAAUGACAAGUGAUUCUUCUUUCAUAAAUUGUACCAUCCAAAACUCUUAUGCUUUAUACAUAUGGGUCAGUGAUAUUGUGAGAUCUUAAUUUUUUUUCAUUUUGUGAGUGACCGCACUUGCCAGAUCUUGAAGCCUAUGUGUCCCUCUGAGUGACCACCGUAUUAUUGUUCCACAUUUAAAUGACAAUUGAUUCUUCUUUCAUAAAUUGUACCAUCCAAAACUCUUAUGGUUUAUACAUAUAGUUUAGUGAUAUUGUGAGAUCUUAAUUUUGGUUCAUUUUGCGAGUGACGGCAUAUGCCAGAUCUUGAAGCUUAUGUAUCAUUCUGAGUGAGCACCAUAUUAUUGUUCCACAUUUAAAUGGCAAGUGAUUCUUCUUUCACAAAUUGUACCAUCCAAAACUCUUAUGGUUUAUACAUAUGGUUCAGUGAUAUUGUGAGAUCUUAAUUUUGGUUCAUUUUGCGAGUGACGGCGUAUGCCAGAUCUUGAAGCCUAUGUGUCAUUCUGAGUGACCACCAUAUUAUUGUUCCACAUUUAAAUGACAAGUGAUUCUUCUUUCAUAAAUUGUACCAUCCAAAACUCUUAUGCUUUAUACAUAUGGGUCAGUGAUAUUGUGAGAUCUUAAUUUUGGCUCAUUUUGCAAGUGACGGCAUAUGCCAGAUCUUGAAGCCAAUGUGGCAUUCUGAGUGACCACCGUAUUAUUGUUCCACAUUUAAAUGACAAGUGAUUCUUCUUUCAUAAAUUGUACCAUCCAAAACUCUUAUGGUUUAUACAUAUGGUUCAGUGAUAUUGUGAGAUCUUAAUUUUGGUUCAGUGAUAUUGUGAGAUCUUAAUUUUGGCUCAUUUUGUGAGUGACGGCAUAUGCCAGAUCUUGAAGCCUAUGUGUCAUUCUGAGUGACCACCGUAUUAUUGUUCCACAUUUAAAUGACAAUUGAUUCUUCUUUCAUAAAUUGUACCAUCCAAAACUCUUUUGGUUUAUACAUAUGGUUCAGUGAUAUUGUGAGAUCUUAAUUUUGGUUCAUUUUGCGAGUAACGGCAUUUUUUUCAUUUUGCGAGUGAAGCCUAUGUGUCAUUCUGAGUGACCACCGUAUUUUGUUCCACAUUUAAAUGACAAGUGAUUCUUCUUUCAUAAAUUGUACCAUCCAAAACUCUUAUGGUUUACACAUAUGGUUCAGUGAUAUUGUGAGAUCUUAAUUUUGGUUCAUUUUGCGAGUGACGGCGUAUGCCAGAUCUUGAAGCCUAUGUGUCAUUCUGAGUGACCACCGCAUUAUUGUUCCACAUUUAAAUGAGAAGUGAUUCUUCUUUCAUAAAUUGUACCAUCCAAAACUCUUAUGCUUUACAAAUAUGGGUCAGUGAUAUUGUGAGAUCUUAAUUUUGGCUCAUUUUGCGAAUGACGGCACUUGCCAGAUCCUGAAGCAUAAGUGUCAUUCCAAGUCACCACUGUAUUACUGUUCCACAUUUUAAACGACAAUACCUCAUUAUUUAUACCUUUUGUACAGCUCAAUGAUGUCGAGGGAUCUUUGUUAGUUCAUUUUGCAAGUAAAUGCUUUGGCUUUAUCAUGCCAAAUAACCACAAUUAAUCAAUUAUUGUUCUAAGCAACAUGUGGGUUGCCUUAAUGUUACGUUUCUCAGGUUCUGACCGGUUUUACGGUUUAUGUGUACAGUUGAGUCAUGGUUGUGCUCUGUUAGAGCCUGGUGACCUGUGGGACACUAUCAGUUCUGCUCUUGAAUGACAGGGGAAUUAAUUUAUUUCAGUCUUUAUUUACACUUAAAAGAGUCUUAAUGAAACAAAUGCAGAUUCAACAGAAAGAGGCAUUUCUGCUCUCUACUUUAACACCUGUUCCAAAAACAUAUUAUAUAUUUAAUGAAAAGUUAGUAGGAAUAAAAUGCGGGGAGAAAUUUUUCUCACAAAUAUCCUCAAACUGUUCCUUUGAUUAAGAGAGUGUUUUCAGCUUUUAGCAUUGUGUCAUUGUUCUGCAACCCAAUCAUUUACACUGAGUAUGAGCAGUACAUGCUUGUUUACCAACUGUGGGUUACUUGUUGGCUGCUAAAUCAUGGUUCGUCAUUUUUCUUUCAGAAAAAAAAUUAAAAGGCCAAUAUGCUCUGAGGGAGUCAACUAGCAUCAGUUAGUCAGACAAGGACAAGUACCUUGCAUGUAUGUCCUUUGCAUAUAUGUCAUCAGAGGAGUCUUUGUCUGAAACAGCUGUAUCAGAGUGGCAUGAAGGUAAUUCUUCAGGUUCAGAUGAGGACCUCCCAAACAGGGAAAAUCCCUGUGUAAGGCCACUUUCCUGGCAGAGCAUUGAGGUUAAUGGUUUAAUGGCCCAGUUGGACCGCAAAGUUGCAUGGUGUCAAAGUCAAUGAAGUGAAAAUAAUGGUAAUAGAGCACACAGUGAGACCAGCAUCAAAUCAAGGAGCACCAGACGAUGCUCCUGAGUUUGCUCUGGCACCCACCACUUACAAUAGAAAAAGGAACUUGAUCAUAAGCAUAACACAGAUAAUUUUUCGAAGAACAUUCAGAAAAGAAGAAGACAUUUUAGAUAAAAAUGUACAAAAUAAUAAUAACACUCAAGUUGAAGUUGACAUGCAUCAUGAUUCAGUUCCUUUUCAGUUAAGUUCCUAGAACCAUAUUUACUCAGUAGACAAUUGCACAAUUUUUUGAGUUUUGAUGAAGACCUACAAUGUAGUAAGUGAAUAUCCUUUGACACCCAUGGGAAGGAGCCACGUUAAAACUAGGUAAAUUACCAAAUCUCAAAGUGAUUUGUCACAAUCCAAUGAAGAUCUUGCCUGUGUUGCAGACACUCUAAACCUUCUGUAUAGAGCAUGCCGUCUGAGAAUUAGUGCACAAUAUCAUGUUUGAAUCCCACUGCGUCACAAAGACAUGCAUGUAUGUCAGCAUUUUGUGAUUGGCUAGGUUCUUACGCUGUGAUUAGUCCGAUUUGAAAUAAAGUGUUGACACAAAGUCACAUAAUCUCAAUGACCUUUGUAUGGUAUGGUGGAGCCACAAACUUUCCCUUACCAGACAAAUGUCUGCAAAAUUUGCCAUCUUUGCAGAGCUGUCCUUGUUAGUUUGCACCGAAUCACUCUGUAACUUGGCAACUUUACUGAAUUUUAAAAACCUUCCAUCUAGUAGCCUGUAAAUGCAGCUGUAUUUUCAGUCAUCGUGUCCAUUCACCCAACAUAUGUAAUUGGAGAUACAUCUGCAUCCACUUUCCGCAGUGGUGACAAAUCCUAGGGCUACCCUAAGCACUGCCUUAAAAAGUGCCACUCCGAGGACUAAAUCUAGCCAAUACACCCCAUAGUAGAGUAAUUACUGGACUCCAAAUGCCAUGAUCCUAUUUUGUUCUUGGCAUAUUUUAUGAAAAACGAGUGCAGUUAUGUUUUAUGCAAAAAAAAAAUACCGUGUGUGAUAACAGUUUUUUGGUAAGCAUGGCUUAAAUUUUAAUCACCUGCAUGCCAAUAACAAUAAUAAUGAUGAUGAAUUAAAGAAGUUCUACAGAGCUUUCAUAGUGUAUAGAUUGUGUUUGGAUAAUUUGGAUAUUUAAUCAGUCCAAUACUGCAAGCAAAACAGCUGAUCAUGUGAAUCAGAAAAAAAUUGCUCAAAUUUUUAGCAAAUAAUUUGAUUUUAGUAAAAAAAACAAAUGUAAUAAAUUAUUUAUGGUCAUAUAAUAAUACAAGAAUUUCACCAAACCAUAUUAUUUACAAUGAUAUAAUAAUAAUAAUAAUAAUAAUAAUAAUAAUAAUAAUAAUAAUAAUAAUAAUACAAGUAUUUAACCAAAUCAGUGGAUAGCAGAUUUGCUUUCAUAACUUGAAAAGCUUUUGGCUACCUAUAGGGUGAGAGUAAAAUUGGGGUGUCAUUUCAUGCUAGUUUUAGAGGUUUAGCAGUAAAUAAAGCACCUGUAAAAUAAAAUACAUGUACAUGCUAAAAAGGUGACAAAAUUAACCUUAUAAGUGUUUACUGCUGGGUAGAAAUAUAUCAAAGUCGUACCCAAAUCAUAGAAAUGCACAGAGCUUUCGCAUAGUAACUCAUUUUAUUUACAAGAAAUAUUUUUAUAUAACUGAUUUGGUUAAAAAUGAAUCAUACAGAUGUAUCUCCCCUUGGGGUAAGUGAAUAGCACUAGGUACACUAUAUGAUAUUAUUCACUGCCUAUUUUGGGUAGUGGAUAAUAUUUAUCAGAUGAAAACAAGUUCUUAUAAAUAAUAAUUAGGGGAAUAUCGCUUAUCAUAAUAAUUUGAGGCUAAUUUUAUUUCCUGUGGUUGAUGUUCUGUCCGUUAGUAAGGAUGUCACAUCUACAUUGGGAGUGAUGUGUACUUGUUGUCAUCGUACAACCAUUUGCCAAUAGUAUCAAUUGGAUCUAGAAAGAGUAUAUUUGAAGUAUACCACUCAAAUGGAGUUACGUUUUACCUGUACCAACCUUAGAUAAUUAUGAACCAGCUAGUGUUGACUUGUACUUUCAAACCCAAUGUACAUUCUUAUACACUUAUGAAUUUAGAUAGUUUCACAUUGUAUGUGCUUUUUAUUUAAAGGCAUAUAUUUUGUGGUACAUGCAGUGCCCUGCAGAGGCCAAUGGAACUUUCUUUUAAUUUAUCUUGCUUUUUAUUGUACAGUGUAUAUUAAAGAUAAAGUCAUUUUAUUCUUGAAAUUUUGUUUGGUGUCUUAAUUGUUUGUGAGUCAUUUAUGGUACCAAAUAAAAAUAAGAAACAUCUGGAUAAUGAUGUUUUGAUCAAAUUUGCUAUCUUGAGUGAAAGUGUAAAAAAGUGAUAUUUUAAUCAACUUUGUUUACCUUACUUUAAGUAUGGAAAACUGCUAUCAUGGCAAUAUUUGCCAUCCUGAGCAAAGAUACAGAAGAACUGAUAUUUGAUCAACUUUGCUACAAUGGGGAAAAGUAUGGGAAACUACUGUUUUGAUCAUAUCUGCCAUCCUGAGCAAACUUGAGAAAAAAGUGGUAUUUGGCCAAAUUUGCUACCCUGAGCAAAACAGUGGCAAACGUGAAUUUUUGCUCAGAUUUACUAUCCUGGGCAAAACUGUUGAAAAAUGAGUUUUGGUCACUUUUGCUACAUUGAGCAAAAAUGUGGCAAAUUACUACUUUGACCGAAUUUGCUAUAGAGAGCAAAAGCAUUCAAAAAUUCAUCUUCGAUCGCUUUUGCCCAUUUGGGCAAAAACCUGACAAAUGUCAGUUUUGCUAUCAAGUUUGACACCCCUGUAAAUGCCUUGAUAAAGUAAAGGUUAUCCUUGUUUUUACACACGGGGCAAAUUUAAGGCAAAUUCGGCAUUUACCACCUUUGCCACUGAUGCAAAAUUAUGGCAAAGUUGGUCCUAUGUCAUGUGGCAAAAUUGAGCAAAAUUAAGCAAAUGUGGCAUUUGCAGAUGAUUUGCUCCAAAUUUGCUAUAGAGGUAAAUCCGUUUUUUCGUCCAGUGUGGGCAGUAAGAACUGCGAAACAAGAUUGACUGGAAACGAUCGUUUGGUAACAUUGAUCUCGUAAUGUGUUCUUUUUAAGCUCAAUGUAAGAUUUUGAGCAUCUUGAUUUGCUAUUCAACUUUCAGGUACCACCUGAUGGAGAGAUGCUGGCAACAAGGGCCCGACUUUCGCCCAAGUUUCGAAUUUCUUCGUCAGAAACUGGUCACAUACAUCGAGAAAAAGGUU